UUGGCAGGAGUGACCAGAAUAAAAACACUACCACUGCACAUAGAGGAGGAAAAAAAGCAAAGUGAUCCAGUUUUUUGCCCUAUCUUAAUGACAUCAAGUCCCAUAUCUUUUCUUUUUUUUUCCCACCCCUCUCCCCCCCACUCUGCAGGACUUUGGGCUUGUAGUAAUUAGCUAGAGGAGAAUAAAACCAGCUGAUCUGGAGAGCGGUGGUGCAUUUUGGAGCGAGAUGGCUAACAGAAGCAUUGUGUUGCUGUUCUGUGGACUCCUUCUCGCAGCUGUGAUUCAGCCCUCUCUGCAAGGAGGUGUGUAUGUUCCACCUGGUACUGGGAUCGGACCAGGAGGUGCAAAUGGACCUGGAACUGGAUUCUUUCCAGGGUCUGCUGGAGGAGGUCCUGCAGCAUAUAAAGCAGCUAAAGCUGCAGCAGGAGCUUAUGGCGUAGGAGGAACAGGAGGAGGAGGGGGCCGUGGUUAUGGCCCUGGUGGAGUGCUGCCAGGAGGGCCUGGAGGCUUUGGUGGUGGCGUCCUUGGAGCUGGACAAGGUGGAAAACCCCUGAAACCAGGUUAUGGCAAUUUAGGAAUUGGUGGCCUUGGAGGCGGCGGACUUGGAGGAGGUGGACUGGGACCUGGAGGCUUUGGAGGAGGAGCAGGUGGAGGAUACGUAAAGCCUGGAGCUGGAGCUGGAGGUGUUUAUGGCGGAUAUGGGGGAGGUCCUGGGGGAUUUUUCCCGGGAGCAGGACCGAAGGCUGCCAAAAGAGGUGCAGGAGGACAAGGUUCUCUGCUCCCACAAGGAGGGGUUGGAGGAGGUCCUGGAGGGGCAGGAACUGGAGCUGGGCUGCCCAGAGGAGGAGUUGGGAUUCCUCAGACAGGCCUUCCAGGAGGAGGCAUUGGGGGAGCAGGAAAGAAAGCUUCCAAAGUGCCAGGUGUGGGUGUGCCUGGACUUUACCAAGGAGGUUUGGUGUCAGGACAAGGGUUUGGUGGUCGUGGAGUUCUGCCUGGUGUGGCCACUGGUACCGACUUGAACACGAAAUCAAUUGGAGGAGGACAAGGAGGAGCAGGACCUGGAGGCCGCGGCUAUGGUGGAUCAAUGCAGACAGGAGUCUUCCAUGGAUACCCUCUUAAAUCACCCAAAGUACAAGGUGCCUAUGGAGCCAAAACCGCUGGUGUCAAGACUCCCUUCGGUUAUGGAAGCUUUGGAAAUACUGGCCCGGGACUUCCAGGAGGUAGUGGUGGUCAAUGGUCAAGACCUGGAUAUCCUGUUGGAACUGGUGUGGGGUCUGGGGGCAUCGUAUCUGCACAGGCUCAAGCAGCAGCCAAAUAUGGGUUGGGUGGUACUGGAGGUGUUCCUGGUGUCGGUGGUGUUCCCGGUGUUGGAGGUGUUCCCGGUGUCGGAGGUGUUCCCGGUGUCGGAGGCGUUCCUGGUGUCAUACCUGGAACAGGAGGAGUCUAUGGAGCUGCAGCCAAGGCUGCUAAGUAUGGUGUAGCAGGAGGGUUACCAUUAAGGGGGGAUUUAUCUUCUGCCAUAGCUGCUAAAUAUGGAGGAGCGGGAGGACUGGGAGGAACAGGAGCUCUUGGAGGAGCAGGAGGACUGGGGGUGAAAGGGGCAUUGGGAGGAGCAGGAGGCUUCGGUGGCUUAGGAGGAGCAGGAGGACUGGGAGGAGCUGGAGGCCUUGGUGGCUUGGGAGGAGCAGGAGGACUGGGAGGAGCUGGAGGCCUUGGUGGCUUAGGAGGAGCAGGAGGACUGGGAGGAUAUUCUUCUGCUUCCAAAGCUGCUAAAUACGGAGGAGGAGGAGGACUGGGUGGUGCAACAGGGGUGCUGGGAGGUGGAGGUGGUGGACUUGGAGGAACAGGUCUGGGAGGAGUAGGAGGAGUGGGAGGUGGCGGAUACCCUGCUGCUGUUGCUGCGGCUAAAGCUGCUAAAUAUGGAGGAGGAGGAGGACUGGGUGGUGCAACAGGGGUGCUGGGCGGUGCAGGCGGUGGACUUGGAGGAACAGGUCUGGGAGGAGUGGGAGGUGGCGGAUACCCUGCUGCUGUUGCUGCUGCUAAAGCUGCUAAAUAUGGAGGAGGAGGAGGAGGAGGACUGGGUGGUGCAACAGGGGUGCUGGGAGGUGUAGGCGGUGGACUUGGAGGAACAGGUCUGGGAGGAGUAGGAGGAGUGGGAGGUGGCGGAUACCCUGCUGCUGUUGCUGCGGCUAAAGCUGCUAAAUAUGGAGGCGGAGGAGGUGGAGGAGGGGGACUGGGUGGUGCAACAGGGGUGCUGGGAGGUGCAGGCGGUGGACUUGGAGGAACAGGUCUGGGAGGAGUGGGAGGAGUAGGAGGAGUGGGAGGUGGCGGAUACCCUGCUGCUGCUGCUGCUAAAGCUGCUAAAUAUGGCGGCACAGGGGUCAUCACAGGUGGUGGUGUAGGUGGAGGGAGUGUUCCUGGAGGAGUUCCAUUUUUGCCUGGAUAUGGAUCUUUGGCGGCUGGUGCCAAGCCUCCCAAAUAUGGAGCCAGUGUGGGAGUAGUAGGAGGUGGAGCCGUCCCAGGAAGUGUGCCCCAGAUAGGCCAUGGUGUUUUCUAUGGUGGUUAUGGAGCAGGCACUGAAGUUAAACCACCAAAAUACGGAGUUUCAGGAGGAGCUGGAGGAGGUCCUGGAGGCUCUGGUGGAGUACUGGGAGGGGCUGCUGUUGCAGGGUAUCCAGAUGGUGUGAAACCUCCAAAACUUGGAGCAGACCUUACAGGAGAAGGAUUGCCCGCUCCGGGAGCUACCCCGGUUGUGGCUGUGGACGGUGUUGUGGGUGGUAGACCUGUUGUGGCUCCAGCAGGUACAAGUGUCCCGGGAGCUGGAAUACCAGUAAAAGAUGUUGGUGAUGUCACCCUUCGUCCAGGGCCCACAUCUAUUGCCGCAGAGGUCCCACAGCACAGUACUGAUGGAAUUGUGCGUCCUAGUGGAGGAGUUGGUGUGGCACCUUCUGGUGUUGGUACACCAGGUCAAGUUCAACCUGGUGUUGGAACAGGUGGGAAACCACUGAAACCAGUUGUACCAGGAACAGGUUUAGGCACUGGCGGGUACCCCUAUGGUGGAGGCUACGGAGUCCCUUAUGGUGUCGGACCUGGAGUCGGACCUGGAGUUGGACCUGGAGUCGGGCCUGGAGUCGGACCUGGAGUUGGACCUGGAGUCGGACCUGGAGGUGCUGUGCUGCCUGCUGCAAAGCCUUUGAAGCCACCAGGUGUGGGUGGAGCAGGAGGUGGAGCAGGAAUCCCACUGGCAGCAGGAGUAGGUCCAGGAGGAUACAGUCCAUAUGGUGUUGGUUAUGAACAGGGAGGAUACAGUCCAUAUGGUCUUGGUUAUGGACAGGGUGGCUUGACGUACCCUUCUGGAGUUGCUGGUGCAGGUGCUGGUGCUGGUACUGGAGUUAAACCACCCAAACCAGGUUAUGGCAACCUUGGAACCGGUGUUGGAAUUCAAGGCUACGGCAACAUUGGAGCCGGUGGUGGAAUUCAACCAGGCUUGGCUCCUGGUUAUGGGGGAGGUUACCCGUCACAGUUCUACCCAGGAGGUGGAUUAAUUCCCUACUGUCAUCAGCCAGGUGGAUAUGCACCGGCCCCACUGACUCCACAGCAAGCCAAAGCAGCCAAGUACGGGCCAUUGCAGGGCUUCCUCGGUGGUACAGGAGGAGGACCUUACAGAGGUGGCGCUGCAGGGUGCCAAGGCAAAUACUGUGGGCGGAGGAAGUAGAGGAUCUCUUGGGAUCCAGUGUGACCUCAAGAAACCAUGGUGCUACUGCAUGAUCGAGAAUGUACAUUUUAUAUGCAAGCAAACAAGUCCCCCAUAACAGAACUUGUAAAGAUGUUUUACUUUAUUGACUUCGACGUCUGUUUCUACACAAACCCACCGACCCAGAAUUUUGUACACUUGGUGUAUAGAGCUUUUAUUUUUGUUGUCAUGUUAACCAGCUUUUAAUUGGCAAACCAGUGCCGCUCCAUUUCAAGUGCACAAGCUUGACUUCAAAUGCAAAUUAUGUUUUUUGUGUUGCUUGCUCUUGUAUAUGUGCCUAUAUGUGUGUACUGUGCAUCCUGGCCACAUUGUAAUGUGAAAAACUACCUGAUCCAUUGGCUGUGACUGAGUUCUAUGUCGAAAUUAAAACCUGAAUCCUUCAUGCCGUCACACCCUCUGCAUCACCUUGUGCACAUCAGCGUGAUUGUAUAGGUGGCGCCCCGUGCAAGAACUGAUGAGUUCUGCUCAGUUUCAGCAUUAUCCACGGCUUCUUGUCUCUCCCAAUUGCUAUUUUUAGGCCUACUGGCUAUAAAGCUGCAUGAGUCUAAACCAUCUGCUCUCAGUAAAUUGGCUGAUUCUUGUUGCUAUGCUGUGAAGCACUUGCAUAAAAGCAGUUUCUUAAAGCUGCAGUAUGUAGGAUUUAGGGGCAGAAAUAGAACCAUCUAUCAUCUGUGUGUUGUUCUGUACUCAUGAUCUUAGAUUGAGCCUUUCAUAUGUACAUGGGAGCGGGCCCCCUCAUGGAGACCGCCAUGUUCCACCACUAUCUUGAUACAGCAACCGAAAAAGCACAUAGUCACCCUGCCGCUCGCAUUUUGCAGAGUGGUCGGAAGGAAGGAAUUUUCUCUCGUAUACACUGUUUACUGGUUGCUAGUGCAGCUAACAAGUUUGGGAACCCUCAGGAGCAUCAAACAUGUUCCUUAUCAGAAAAGACAUCAAGGGAGCAUGAAUCUGCAGUCGGGAAACAAACACAGCUUAAUGCAGUCUGCAGCUUCGCCACUAGAUGGUACUAAAUCCUACACAGUGUAGCUUUUAGAUGCUGAAUUCAGUUUUACCUAAUAGCGUUUUUUUCACGAUGUUUGUUCGAAUAGAUGCUAAAACCCCUAGGAAUGAAAUUUUUCCUCUUUACAAUGACAUAUGUGCUCAAAGCAGACCACUCUGGCAUGUACGUUAAAUAUGUAUGAGUGUUUAUUUAGUGUCCUAAAUUCUGACAUAGAGCAUUUUAAUCUGCUUCAAAUGUUUAGUCUCAUUUAUUUUUAUGUAACUUUGGCAUUACAGCGUUAUUAAAGUUUUUUUCCACCCCCUUCCCAUCAUGCUUUGACUCAUAGCGUUAUUGUUAUCAGGACUGUGUGAACACAAAAUAAAAACAAUCCUUUGCAUUUAUUCACUGUUAAAUUGUAACACAGAAUAGGAAUUUGCUGAAUGGGCUUGCCGCUGUCUUUACCGCGUGAGAUGUAAUCGCCAAUUAUUCUUUAUUUACUUGAGCUGCUUUACAAAAAAAAAAAAGGCUGACCCUUUGUGACCUUUGUUGCCUUCUGUAAUUGUGUACUGUAUUUUCUUACUUCAGCUCCUCCGCUCAGUGCCGUGUGAGAAUCGUCUUUGAGCCUCGCUGGGUCAGACCUGGUCUUAUGUGCCGUGGGAUACUUUUCAUCUUUAUUUAAAAUGUUUUUUUUUUCUUUUUAAUAAGCGGGAACAGUGUGGUUUUGCACUUUUUAUAUUUCCACGACACACAUGUGACUUGUUCCCAGAUGUCCCGGUAUUUUAUUUGCUUCUUUAAACAACAAAAUAAAAAGUUUGAAAGAAGUCAA